GUCCUAUUAUUGAACCUGAAAAUUAUUUUUGUUUCAACCCUUUUGCUUACUCCAAGUCCACUCUGCUGCUACACUUGCUCCAUAAAAAUAUUUUCAGUCUCCAUUGAUAGCUGAAUAAUGGCUUCGGCUACUCUCUCUGUAGCCAAACCUGCUCUUCAGGCAAAUGGGAAGGGCUUCUCUGAAUUCUCUGGCCUUCGAAAUUCAUCAAUAGGUUACCUUCCCUUUUCUUCCAAAAAAAUUUCUGAGGACUUCCAUUCGAUCAUUGCCUUCCAGACCUCAGCAGUAAGUAUUGGAAGCAGUGGAGGAUAUAGGAAAGGUGUAGCAGAAGCAAAACUGAAGGUGGCCAUAAAUGGAUUUGGGAGGAUUGGGAGGAACUUCUUGAGGUGUUGGCACGGUCGCAAGGACUCACCUUUAGAUGUGAUUGCCAUAAAUGACACUGGAGGAGUCAAGCAAGCCUCUCACCUUCUUAAGUAUGAUUCCACCCUCGGAAUCUUUGAGGCUGAUGUCAAGCCUGUUGGUGAUAAUGCAAUCUCUGCUGAUGGAAAAAUCAUUAAGGUUGUCUCUGACCGCAACCCUGUCAACCUCCCUUGGAAGGACUUGGGAAUCGACUUGGUGAUUGAAGGAACAGGGGUGUUUGUGGACAGAGAAGGUGCAGGAAAGCACGUUAAGGCAGGAGCAAAGAAGGUUCUGAUCACAGCCCCUGGCAAAGGAGAUAUUCCCACCUAUGUGGUUGGUGUCAAUGCUGAUGCUUACAAUCCCGAUGAACCCAUCAUCAGCAAUGCUUCCUGCACCACUAAUUGCCUUGCACCGUUUGUAAAGGUCAUUGAUCAGAAAUUUGGUAUUAUCAAGGGGACAAUGACAACGACUCACUCAUACACUGGUGACCAAAGGCUUCUGGAUGCAAGCCACCGUGACCUGAGGCGAGCAAGAGCUGCUGCUCUUAACAUUGUGCCCACAUCAACAGGAGCAGCAAAGGCUGUGGCACUUGUCCUCCCAACCAUCAAAGGGAAGCUCAAUGGCAUUGCCCUUCGUGUGCCAACCCCAAAUGUUUCAGUGGUGGACCUUGUUGUUCAGGUCUCCAAGAAGACCUUUGCUGAAGAAGUUAAUGCUGCUUUUAGAGAAAGUGCAGAUAAAGAGCUUAAGGGCAUUCUCUCUGUGUGUGAUGAGCCCUUAGUAUCUGUAGAUUUUAGGUGCACUGAUGUAUCAUCAACCGUUGACUCAUCGUUGACUAUGGUCAUGGGAGAUGACAUGGUCAAGGUCAUUGCUUGGUAUGACAAUGAGUGGGGUUACUCCCAAAGGGUUGUGGAUUUGGCUCACAUUGUUGCCAACAAUUGGAAGUGACCCAAACGCAUUUUUUAAAUUGUCAUACCUGUCUUGGUAUUAGAAUUUUGUCUAAUUAUUACAACAUUUCUUAUUUCAUUUUCAUUUUUCUUUCUAAACUUGUACCCAAAAAUAUAACCAUCCAUCAUUUUUCAUUUUCAUUUUGAUGUGCAAUAACAUUCUUACCAUUAAACUUGAAUGUUCUUU